AUGCCGAUCUUUCCCCCGACUUUUCGAGGCUCGCGAAAGGAAAUCCCCGAUUUAUUGAUACCAAAUGAUUCAAAAAUCCCUGUUCCACAAGAGGUUUACGAAUUUUUGAGCAAACAUGGUUUUAAACAUUCCGAAGAGUUGCCUAGUCCCUUCGUUUUUUCGAAUAAAUCAGUGACAACGAGUCAUGGAGUGACGGAAAAUGGAGAGCGAUUCACUCAACAACAUUACACAGUCAAUACACAUGAAUGGAAUGGCAGCGGUGGAGGCGCGUCGAGAGUUUGGAGGCCGGAGAUCACUCAAAACACCGAGAUGCACAAAUUCCAGGAUUCCACUCAUCAAAUGCCCUACAAAGUCUCCCUUGAGCACAACAAUUCGUCCAUCCCACCAAAGGGUUUCAACAACGCGGCGAUGCCCUUCAAUACCGAUCCACGAGUGAAACAUUUACAGUAUAACAGUCCAAUGAAUCUCUACUCGAACACGGCAGCGGCUGAACAAUACGCACAACAAACACAGGGAAUCGUUCAAAAUGAUUCAUCUCUCGGUCGAGCUCGAUCCGAUCAACCAUCCUAUAUGAGAUCAGAAACAUUGAAAGUACUCAAAGAACAUGAACAAAAUGGUCACUCAUCCCAUCCAAACCCUCAAGGUCUCCCCGUCUGCUAUGUGUGCACCAAACCGAUCUUGGGAUUAAUGGCUCAAGCCGCCGGUCAUCAGCUACACGGAGAUUGUCUGGCUUGUGCUACUUGUGGCACUUCGUUGAAGAACAUUGGACAUCACUAUAUCGAUGGGAAAUUCUACUGUGAUAUUCACCAACGAUUGAAGAGAGCCACAAGCACUGGACCUGCUGAUCCAAAUCUCAUGGCCCGAAUCCCACCAACAGCCGCCCAGCCGACACGUCCAAGUGAACCACCAAGGGGAGCCUAUCAGCCUGAUGGAAUCAACCGUCGCCCACUUUCCGUUUCUCCAAACCCGGGCCAAUGGUCAUCCACUCAACAAUCACUCAAUGUCUCUGUCAGCAAUCCGAGAACACAAGGAGUCAUUAGCCCCGCCAAUCGCGGUGUGCCCAGCUCGCAGAUGUAUGGAAAUGACCUGAACAGAGGAGGAAGCCGUGCACCUCAAGACUACCGUCCAUCACCAACUCUGGCUCCUCCAUCAGGCGCCCCUCCACCACCUCCAUCAUCACAACCACCAAUUGAUCCCUCGAUGGUCCACAAUGUUCACCUCCAUGUCCCCUCCUCCCUCCGUGCCGCUGUUUCCCCUCGUCGUCGUGCUCGUCUUCCUCGUGAAUGGCCUCCAUCAAGAGGACAAGUGAAAACAACUCCAUUUUGGAAUACAGAACUUCAUCAACCUGCUUGUAUCCAAGUUCCAUCUAAACCACACACUGUUUCACUGCAUGAUGCCGUUUUUGAGAUGGAUACAGACCCAGAAGAGAGAAAAGAAUCCCCAAGGAGGAUGACGAUUUUGGAGAGAAGUCCAUCAGGAACGACUUUCAAGAGUUCUCCGAAAAUCAUUAAUCGUCCAUCUUCUGUUCAAUUCGAGCCAAUAUCUAGUCAACCAGAAUUGUUGAAAGCAGUGCAAGUACAAGUGAAAGAAGUGGCUAAAUUGGACGUUCCUCCACUUUCGACAAGCACUCCACGAAUCGAGACAGAGCCAGCAAAGGCAAUGAUCAAAACCGAUGCGAUCACAUCAGAUCAAAAGAAACCAGGAAGGAAAGAUCCCCGAAGACUCACCGCAAUCUACACACCAAAUCUAGAAGAGACACCGAUUGAGAUUGAAGUGAAUGAUGAAGAAAAGGUUGUGAUGAGACCGGAGAAGACACAGACUGUCACUGUGGAGUUGGAUGGGAGAAGAGCUAGUACUGUGCAACAGAGAUAUUCAUACAAUGUUGCGGAAGAACAAAAAGUGAAUCGACCAGUAGAAUUGGCAUCAUUACCACCAUUGAUGAAAGGAAAACAAGUCGUUACUCCACAAGGAUCUCCAUUCUCAACACUCACUCGACAAAAAGAUCCACGCUCUAUUGAAGAGAGAAAUCAACAACUUUUGCAAAGAACUCCAUCACCGAAAGGGACAUUGACAAGAAGGACACCAUCUCCUGUAUUGAAUAUCUCGAUUCAACCAUUACCUACGAGAAAUGAAGAAGAUCAAACAAUGAAAAGUGUUUCAACUCUUAGAAAAGCUUAUGAACAACAACCGACACAAAUCAGACAAUCACCUGUAAUGGGAAUUCAAAGUUUAGGAAAAAGAACCCCAUCUCCUGGCUUGAAAAAAGUUAUAGAAAAAAAGAAUUUCAUUCGAGAAGAUAGUAGGACGAGUCAGAAUGAAUUUGAGGGAAAUCAAUGGGCAAAAGUCUCGGAAGUGGUUGAUGAGAGUGAUAUAAUGACAGAUACAUCGAGGAGAUCCGAUGAAUCGACAAAUGCAGCUGCUUCUGAAUUGUCUGAUGUUGCGGAAGCAGUCAAAUAUCAACCACUCAAUCAAUAUGAUGUUGAUGAAAAAGAUACUGAUGUGACAGAUAUUGAUUCUGAUGAAGAAAAGGAGAGAUGGAUGAGAGAAGAAUUGGAGUUGGCAAGGAAAGAAGAGCUCGUCAAUCAAAUGAUUCAUUGGGAAAAACCCAUUGUUUAUCGAAGAGAGUCACCAAUUGCGAUAAGAGAUGAAAAUGCGAAUUGGGAUGAUCCGAGUGAAAGAGAUACACUCUCAAUGGUGUCUGAGUCGGAUGAAUGGAGAAAGAAAGCAAUGGAAUUGUUGGAUGAUGAUACACAAUUCGAUAGAGAUAUGCAAUUAGUUGCUAAAUUGCAUCAACAAUUGGAGGAGUGUCGAGGAAUGGACGAAGGAGAUCGACAAAAAGCCAUUUAUUGCAUGAAAAGACAUAAAAAGACAUUGGCUUCUGAUCAGAGAUUGGCCAAGUUGUUGGAUUCAGCUAUUCAUUUUGUCGCUCAUUUAGAAGAACCGCAGAGAUUACAAUGGACAAAAGAUAUGGUUGGUGUAGAGAAUUAUGAAGAACCGAUGAAAAGAGAACAACGAAUGAGUAGACAAGGAUCACGAGAGAAAUCCGGACCUGGAAGUACACCAUAUCCACCGGAAAGGAAAAAUUUUGGACAAGUGCAAGUACAUCCAAUGAAUCCAGUCAUUUUACAAGAAGAAAAGGAGAUUUUGGAUGAAUUGGGAAGAUUGGAUUUGAGGAAUCGAGAAAAGGAGGGACAAGAAACCAUUGUGAAAUCAGAAUCUCUAAAAAGAGGACCGAUCAUUCCAGAGAUUGAUUACCCGAUGGAUUCACCGAUUUUUGCUCGAAAGAACUAUGAAACGUUGCCGAUUCGAACUGAACAAUUGUCGAAUGUCCUCGAAGAAUUGAAUAACAUUAUGAAACCAAGAAGCUCGGAUUUCAUUUCGAGAAAGUUGAAAUCCGUUCAACGAAAAGAAACACAAGAAAAAGUGAACUCCUACGCGUCAAAUCGUCAAAAUCAACAACAACAACAAACGACUCGUACCACCGACUCGCAUACUCUUCUGAAUCAACCCGCUCAAGGAGGGAAAGUCCCGUUCUGUGAGGCUUGUAAGCAACAGAUUCGCGGAGCUUUUGUAUUGGCUCAAGGUCUUUCUUGGUGUCCGGAACAUUUCAUCUGUGCAAAUGCUUCGUGCGGUCGACGACUCCUCGAAUGUGGAUUUGUUGAGGAGAAUGGGCAAAAAUUCUGUGAAAACUGUUUCGAGAAUAAUAUCGCUCCAAGAUGCGCCAAAUGCGCUCGACCAAUCGUUUCGGAUUGUCUGAAUGCUUUGCAAAAGAAAUGGCAUCCUCAAUGUUUCACUUGUGCUCAUUGCUCGAAACCUUUUGGAAAUUCGGCUUUCUAUUUAGAGCAAGGACUUCCAUAUUGUGAAAAUGAUUGGAAUCGUUUGUUUACGACGAAAUGUUAUCAAUGCACUUAUCCAAUUGAGGCAGGAGAUCGAUGGGUGGAAGCACUUGGACAUGCUUAUCACUCAAAUUGCUUCAAUUGCACACGUUGCAAUGUCAACCUCGAGGGUGAGAGUUUCUAUGCGAAAAAUGGAGAACCAUUCUGUAAACUCCAUGCA